AUGCCGUUCGGGGUGACGAAUGCUCCUGCUAUAUUCAUGGAUUAUAUGAACAAGAUAUUCCGACAAUACCUGGAUCAGUUUGUUGUCGUAUUUAUUGAUGACAUACUGAUAUAUUCUAAGAGUCGGGAGGAGCAUGCAGAGCAUCUGAGAAUGGUGCUAGGAAUUCUCAAAGAGCAUCAGCUAUAUGGGAAGUUAUCAAAAUGCGAGUUUUGGCUGGAGGAGGUGCAAUUCUUGGGGCAUGUGAUAUCAGCCCAAGGAAUAGUUGUAGAUCCGACUAAGAUUGAGACGGUGGUGAAGUGGGAGAGGCCACAAACAGUUACUGAGGUGCAUAUUUUCCUGGGUUUAGCAGGAUACUACAGGCGAUUCGUGGAGGGUUUCUCCAAGAUGGUGAGUCCACUAACACAGCUCAUCAGAAAGGACCAACCUUUCUAUUGGACAGAUGAGUGUGAGACCUGCUUUGAGGAUAUUAAAAGAAGAUUGACUACCGCACUAGUAUUGGCGAUCCCUGACACAACUAAGAUGUUUGAGUAUAUUGUGAUGCCUUAUAUCAAGGGUUGGGCUGUGUGCUGA